ACUAACAUUAUUGUCAUAAGAUAAAAUAAUUUUCAUGCUCGAACGAGUUGAAUAAAUUGGUUUGAUUGUAACAAUUUAAUAAACUUUAUUUUUUAAGUAAAUAUUUAUUGACUGCUUGUAUUUUUCGUAAAAGUUAACGAGAUAAUGGCUGAUGAAGAAUUUGAUGGAGAUGAUGUUCAAGACGAUUUUGAUGAUGAUGUUGAGGAAGAUAAUAUCGAAGAAUUAGAACAGCCUGAAGAAGAAGGGGAUAAUAUUGACCUUAUAUCAAGGGGUCAAGCUGGUGGCGGAGUUCCCAAACAUAAACGAAUUACUACAAGAUACAUGACUAAGUAUGAACGAGCCAGGGUAUUAGGUACAAGGGCGUUACAAAUAUCGAUGUGUGCACCAGUAAUGGUGGAAUUAGAAGGUGAAACAGAUCCUUUACAGAUUGCUAUGAAAGAAUUAAAACAGCGGAAAAUUCCUAUUAUAAUUCGACGAUAUUUACCAGAUAACUCAUAUGAAGAUUGGGGUAUUGAUGAAUUAAUUAUUAUUGAUCAUUAAA